AUGCAUCACUUGACCGUCGACCUUUGCAACACCGAAGCCCCAACCCGCGAUGCGCCGGGAGAUGUGCCUGCUAGCCUUCCGUCUGCAAAGGAUAGCAAGCAGCAUCCACGCCGGGGAGGUGACGAAAACGCAUCGGUGUACUUUAUCGGGACAGCAACAACUAUCAUUGAAUGGGAAGGGUUGCGGGUCAUGACCGAUCCCAAUUUCCUUCAUGCAGGAGACCAUGUCCAUCUCGGUCCGGGCGUGACGAGUACACGCAGAACAAAUCCUGCUGUGGACUUGCAUGAGUUACCCCGGGUUGACGUCGUCCUCCUUUCUCAUUAUCAUGGCGAUCAUUUUGAUCAAAAAGUCGAAUCAUCACUCCGUCGCGAUCUGCCGAUCAUCACGACUCCACAUGCCAAAUCGACAUUGACGUCCAAGGGCGAGGACUCAUUCACGAGAGUGUAUGACCUUGAGCCCUUUCAAGAUGCUACCAUAGAUAUUACAGGAAACACCUCGAAGAAACAAGCCCGCGUACGAGUGACGGGAAUGCCCGGAAAGCAUGUUCCCACAGGGGUCAUUGAGAAAUUGAACGAUCUAGUCUCUGCUAUCCCCCCAACGAAUGGCUGGAUGAUUGAGCUAGGCUACAGUGACGGCUCGUCAACUACAGAUCUCACGGUCGGAUAUCGCAUUUACAUCUCCGGCGACACACUACUGAUCGACGACUUGAAAGAAAUCCCCAGGCGCUAUGGUGAUCAAAAGAUCGACUUGAUGUUGGCGCAUCUUGGUGGGACGACUGUACCAUCACCGGCAUUGGGCCCAUUGGCGAUGAUGGUGACGAUGGACGCAAAGCAGGGAGUGCAGCUGAUGCAGCUGAUACGGCCCGAUGUGACCAUUCCAAUCCAUUAUGACGACUAUGACGUGUUCGCCAGUUCAUUGGAAGACUUUCGAAAACAGGUCGAGGAGGCUGGAUUGGGUAGUGGUGUGGUCUAUCUAGACCGCGGAGAGGAGUAUCGGUUUCGCGUGAGAGCUUGA